GUUUUUUAUUCCUGAAGUGUUUUAGGGAAGCUUAAUGUACUCAUUGGAUUAUUUGAAUUCGUGAUUAUACUGAAAUCAGCGUUGAUUAACUGUGCUGGUGUAAUACACGUUUAUUUAUUAAUUAAUACAACAUGUGAAUGUUGGAGGAUAAUGACGGCACACACAUUCUAUUCAUACUGCUGUAUGUCAUGAAACAUGUUGCGUGAUCCUAAAACAUUGCUGGUUAUGUUGCUCCUCCCAAUUAGGGGGAGCUGCUGAGUUUCUUCUUUGAAACAUAAUACAUAACUUACGAGAUAAUAUUUUCAAUCUGGUCAUAUGCUCCUCAUCUCUCCUACCAUUGGAUAGCAUUCCCCUGUAUAUUUAACGUGUUGAUUUAAGUUGUCACAAAAGAUUGUGUCACAAAAGAUUUGUGUCACAAAAGAUUGUGUCACAAAAGAUUGUGUCACAAAAGAUUGUGUCACAAAAGAUUGUGACCUUCUGUUCACUCUUGGCGUAUGCUUUCUUUCUAAAUCAGUACCAAGUACCGAGUGCACAUGCCUCAUUACAAAGGCUUCUUCUACUGUGUACACAUCUAACACAGAACAGAUGUACUAAGUCCAGUUUCUUGGGUAAAAAGUUAUCUCUCAUUUCAUUCUUGCGAGACUGUCUGGAAGGUAACUGCUGCCACUUGUGUCCGUCUCCUCGGGUCACUGUGUUAUGGCCUAAGGAUAAACUUUCUGAGUCUCACUCUUGUGCGCAUGAAGUAAUAUUUGACGUCUAUUCAAUUCAUAGAAUUCUGCACCGGACGAAGCGAGGAUCCACUCCAACAUGCAGUCCAAGUUAUACCACUAGAAACACAUUGGGACUGAAAAUCAUUACCUACUGACCACCAUCAUCAGCUGAUUACUAGCACAAACUGAUCAUCAUCACCAACUGACAACUACAGUAUCACCAACUGACCACAAUUACCUACUGGCCACUAUUCCCAACUGAUCAUUAUCACAAUAGACAUUCAUCACCAACUGACAAUUAACCCUAACUAACCACUAUCAACUGACCACUAUCAACCACUGACCACUAUCAUCAACUGACCAUUAUCACAAUAGACCACUAUCAGCCACUGACCACUAUCGCCCACUGACCACUAUCAUCAACUGACCAUUAUCACAAUAGACCACUAUCAGCCACUGACUACUAUCAUCAACUGACCAUUAUCACAAUAGACCACUAUCAGCCACUGACCACUAUCAACCACUGACCACUAUCAUCAACUGACCAUUAUCACAAUAGACCACUAUCAGCCACUGACCACUAUCAGCCACUGACCACUAUCGCCCACUGACCACUAUCAUCAACUGACCAUUAUCACAAUAGACCACUAUCAGCCACUGACCACUAUCGCCCACUGACCAUUAUGAGUCAUAAGGAGACACCGGACACCAUGGAGUGGUGGAAGAAAACGAUUGUUUACCAGAUCUACCCGAGAUCUUUCCAGGACUCAAAUGGUGACGGCAUCGGCGACAUUCCAGGUAGGACACCCACAUCUACCCCACACACACGUACCCCACACACACGUACCCCACACACACGUACCCCACACACACGUACCCCACACACACGUACCCCACACACACACGCACCCCACACACACACGAACCCCACACACACACACACCCCACACACACACAUACCCCACACACACGUACCCCACACACACGUACCCCACACACACGUACCACACACACACGUACCGCAAGUUCAUGUUUUAGAGCCAUAAAGCCAGCGGAGCAAUGUCAUGUUUUAUAGCCAUAAAGCCAGCGGCGCAAGUUCAUGUUUUAUAGCCAUACAAACAUUGGCCGAGCUUACUAUAAGCAAGUACAUAAAGUUAAUUUUAGCAUCAUUAUUUAUAAAUAAAACCGCUGUCAAACAUAGAUGAACUGGUCGAAAUAUAAAUACUUGAGGUUGAAUUGACUUUAAAAUUGUUGAAAACUAUGUGCCACCAGCUACUGUUAAAACUGCCAUUUUCUUUUAACCCCAUGCAGGAAUAAUUUCACGUUUGGAUCACUUCACCGCAUGUGGCAUAGGGGCCAUUUGGCUGAGCCCAUUUUACAAAUCUCCGAUGUUGGAUUUUGGCUACGACAUUGAGGAUUUCCGUGAUGUGGACCCAAUGUUUGGUACCCUGAGAGACUUUGACCAGCUCGUGUCGGAGGCUCAUAGGAGAGGUCAGUGGUUCUCAAACAUAGGCAUCUCCUUUCCUACAUCCCAUAAGAAGCGUAGUUCUAUGGUCGUUAAUUCGUCCUUAUGUUAGGUAGUCUGCCCACUACAUGAGUCGAAACGUCUACUAAUGACGGUAAUGGCAGGCAAGUAUUCAUAUAUAUAGCACCGAGAAUCGACAUAGAACUCUCUAAAAUACUUUACGCUUCAUUAUCAUAUUCUAGAUUUAAUCCCCCCCCCCCCACGUACAAUGUAUUGACAGCAAUAUGUAAUUGCUCUACCCAAAAGAUAUCUUUUUAUGAAUGCUCAUCAAUCACAUAUGACGGUAAUGGCAGGCAAGUAUUCAUUUAUAUAGCCCCGAGAAUCGACAUAGAACUCUCUAAAAUACUUUACGCUUCAUUAUCAUAUUCUAGAUUUAAUCCCCCCCCCCCCCACGUACAAUGUAUUGACAGCAAUAUGUAAUUGCUCUACCCAAAAGAUAUCUUUUUAUGAAUGCUCAUCAAUCACAAAUGCCUAAACAGCUUACAUACAAAGUAUGUAUUUAUAUUGAGUCAUACUAAUAUAUGAAUUGUGACUGUCAUAGAAAGAAACCCAUUCCAAACGAAAGUCGUAUAAGGGAGUUUAACAUGAUUUUAUUGUGCUCAGCCUUCCUAAUGCCUUGACCUUUUAGUACAGGUCCUCAUGUUAUGGUGACCCCCCCCCCCAGGCAUAAGAUAAUUUUGUUGUUACUACAUAAAUAUGUCAUGCGUUUUCCGGUGGUUUUAGGCGACCCACGUGUAAGGGUCGUUCGACACGUCAAAGGGGUCUCGACCCACAGGUCGGGGACAGCUUUUGUAUAUGAUUCUGAUGACAUUUUUGCUUCAAAUGGUGAUGAGCCUUCGCUUUAUCCUAAUUUCGAUUAGCAAAUGAAUUUAUACUUGAUGAACACUAACAGGUGGAUCCAGAGGCGUAGCGAGGGUGUUUGGCGCCCGGGGACAAGAUUCGCGCCCGGGGACAAGAUCCAUUUUAAAGCGCCCCCUUUUCUUUUUUUCAACUCUCAAACCCAUUGUUUUUACCAAUAAUAUAUCAAAGCACAUUUUGGCUCCCCUAACUAGCUCUAUCCCCCUGCCCCCUGCCCCACCCCCCAAAUCGCUACGCCUCUGGGUGGAUCAGCUACAUUUGACAAACACAAACGUAUUUUUUUCAAUGCCAACUUUAAAAAACUGGAUGAAACAGUUUUUAAUUUAACUUAUCCAACAACAACAAAACACAAAAAUGAAUAGUUCCUGGUUGAUUUAUCCAGAUAUCAAAAUCAUUGUGGACUUUGUACCCGGCCACACAAGCGACCGCCAUCUUUGGUUCCAGAAGAGCGUCAGACGCGAAGAUCCUUACACAGACUUCUACGUGUGGCAUGACGGGAAGGUUGAUGACACGGGCAAGCGAGUCCCACCCAACAACUGGGUACACUACUUUACUUUGGCUUACUUUUAAUUACUUCACUUUGAAUUACUAUAAUUGGCCCACGUUGCUUUAGCCUUUGGGUAAAACACCAAGUCUAGCAAAGACUUGUGUCUUGUACCAGGCCGGGUGGGGGGGGGGGGGGGGGGGGGGGGGGGGGGGAAGUAGGAUGUAUGAUCACUUGGGGAGGAUACCGAAUAUACUACUUGGGAAUGGCACUGAAUAUUCUACUUUGGGAGGGCACUGAAUAUACUACUUGGGGAAGUCACUGAUUAUACUAGUUGGGGAGGUCACUGAAUAUACUAGUUGGGGAGGUCACUGAAUAUACUAGUUGGGGAGGUCACUGAAUAUUCUAUUAGGGGAGGGCCCUGAAUAUACAGUAUAUACAAAUUGGCCAAUCUUCAUCAAUAAACAUUACUACAAAUGACAUAUCUAGAGUCUGGUGUACUACAGAUGAAAUAUCAAGGGUCAUGUGUACUACAGGUGACACCGUGUCAAGGGUCUUGUGUACUACAGAUGACAUACCAAAGGCCUCGUGUGCUACAGAUGACAUACCAAAGGCCUCGUGUGCUACAGAUGACAUACCAAAGGCCUCGUGUGUUACAGAUGACAUAUCAAGUUUCUGGUGCCGAAGACAUCACAAGGAAAAGAUGGUCGUGGAAAGGGCACACUCUUCAUAAACCCAUAGAAAUAACCUCACAAGACAAUCCUUAACAUGGAAUCAACGGGGACAACAGAAGAGAGAAAAGACAUGGAGACGCGUUCUAGAGCGAGAGGCAGAUACGCAACGUAUGGGCUAUACUUGGAAUCAACUGAAAAGGAAAUUACAGGACAAGAGAUGAAUGCAAAUUUCGUGUAGUCGGCCCAGGUCAAAGGCGUACUGAUUUGAUAUAACUACAAUCAGUAUACUAUAAUCAAUAUACUACAAUAUGGCUUACGUUUGAUGUGUAUGCUUAAAGUUUUUGUGGUUCUCGUAAGUAAGUUGCGGCGACCCGUGAAUAAGUCGCGGCACCCGGUGAGUAAGUGGCGGCACCCGGUAAGUGGCGGCACCCCGGAGUCACUAACUAUAACUAUCCUUUCCCCCAAGAACGUCAGCUGACAAUGACUACUGAAUCCAUCCCCAAAGCUGUUUAUCCACCCGUGGCAGCUACAGUGGUCAGUUUACCAUCUCCUUGGUUGAGAGGCAGACAACUAGACUCAAGUGCUACCGUGGUCAGUUUACCAUCUCCUUGGUAGAGAGGCAGACAACUAUACUAAAGUGCCACCGUGGUCAGUUGACCAUCUCCUUGGUUGAGAGGCAGACAACUAUACUAAAGUGCUACCGUGGUCAGUUUACCAUCUCCUUGGUUGAGAGAGACAACUAUACUAAAGUGCUACCGUGGUCGGUUUACCAUCUCCUUGGUUGAAAUGCAGAUAACUAUACUAAAGUGCUACCGUGGUCAGUUUACCAUCUCCUUGGUUGAGAGGCAGACAACUGUAGUAAAGUGCUACCGUGGUCAGUUUACCAUCUCCUUGGUUGAGAGGCAGACAACUAUACUAAAGUUCUACCGUGGUCGGUUUACCAUCUCCUUGGUUGAGAGGCAGACAACUAUACUAAAGUGCUAUCAUGGUCGGUUUACCAUCUCCUUGGUUGAGAGGCAGACAACUAUACUAAAGUGCUACCGCGGUCAGUUUACCAUCUCCUUGGUUGAGAGGCAGACAACUAUACUAAAGUGCUACCGUGGUCAGUUUACCAUCUCCUUGGUUGAGAGGCAGACAACUAUACUAAAGUGCUACAGUGGUCAGUUCACCAUCUCCUUGGUUGAGAGGCAGACAACUAUACUAAAGUGCUACAGUGGUCAGUUCACCAUCUCCUUGGUUGAGAGGCAGACAACUAUACUAAAGUGCUACAGUGGUCAGUUCACCAUCUCCUUGGUUGAGAGGCAGACAACUAUACUAAAGUGCUACCGUGGUCAGUUGACCAUCUCCUUGGUUGAGAGGCAGACAACUAUACUAAAGUGCUACCGUGGUAGGUUUACCAUCUCCUUGGUUGAGAGGCAGACAACUAUACUAAAGUACUACCGUGGUCGGUUUACCGUCUCCUUUGUUGAGAGGCAGACAACUAUACUAAAGUGUUACCGUGGUCAGUUUACCAUCUCCUUGAUUGAGAGGCAGACAACUAUACUUAAGUGCUGCCGUGGUCAGUUUACCAUCGCCUUGGUUGAGAGGCAGACAACUAUAGUACAGUGCAUAUUUUUUAAAUAAUUAACACAUUGCAGGGAGUGCAGGGAGGGUAAGGAGGCUAGUGAGGUUAGGGAGGAUUGGGAGGGUAGGGAGGGUAGGGAGGGUAGGGAGGGUAGGGAGGGUAGGGAGGGUUGGGAGGGUAGGGAGGGGUGGGAGGGUAGGGAGGGUUGGGAGGGUUGGGAGAUGCGUAGGGAGGAUUGGGAGGGUAGGGAGGGUAGGGAGGGUAGGGAGGGUAGGGAGGGUAGGGAGGGUUGGGAGGGUAGGGAGGGUUGGGAGGGUUGGGAGGGUUGGGAGGGUUGGGAGAUGCGACACCAAACAAAACAAUGGACGUCUCGGCUGAAGACCUUCAACAACCAAAAGACAGCAGAUGAUUAAACCACACAUUAGCUUUGUGGAAGACAGAAUUGUUUCGAUUCUCCAAUCUAACAAAUUCCAAUCAAGACAGAAAUUGUUCCAAUCUCCAAUCUAAUACAUUUCUAUCCAAUUUAGUCAAGUCGUCUUUUUUUUGAUGAAGAUAAUUUAACAACUUUGCAACACACGUGCUUAUUCCUUAAUACCAAUUCUAUCUGAGAGAAGAUAUCAGUGUGUUGGGUCUCUCUGUCAGCCAACCUAACUUGUCAACUGUCUCUCUGUCAGCCAACCUAACUUGUCAACUGUCUCUCUGUCAGCCAACCUAACUUGUCAACUGACUGUCAUUUUAAUUUGAUACCUAAAAUUUAUAUACAUUUUUUUUUUAUUUCCGACCAGAUCAGUGUCUUUGGAGGUCCAGCAUGGGCAUGGAAUGAAGAGAGGGGGCAGUUCUACUACCGGCCAUUUAUGGCAGAGCAACCCAAACUGAAUUACCGAUGUCCCUUGGUGGUCAAGGAAAUGAAGGUAACGUUGUUUUUUUUUUUAACUUGUCAAAAGACCUGCACUUCUUGCCUCUGUAUUUUAAAAAAAAAACAAUGUUCCAUUUCCGGCUAUCCUUCUUGCAGGUUAUAACUUCAUACACAUAUCUAGAAGAAUCUCUAUAUAGCUAUUCAUAUAUUUUUCUAGAAUACUCGAAGUAUAACUGUUCAUACAUAUUUCUAGAAGAAUUUCAUUAUAACUUUUCAUACAUAUUUCUAAAAGAAUCUCAAUAUAAUUGUUCAUACAUAUUUCUAGAAGUGUUCAUACAUAUUUCUAGAAGAAUCUCAACAAAACUGCUAAAAAUAAUCUCCCGUGGGUUCUGACAUAUGAAAAGGGAAAUAUGAUAUUAUGGUAUUGACUUUAGGAAAGUGCACUGUGCACUCACUAUCAUCUAUGCAGAUGUGUGAGGACCUCACGAUGUUGUUUGUAGGAUGUUGUCAGGUUCUGGAUGGAGCACGGCGCCGACGGACUCAGGGUGGACGCCAUCUCUCAGAUCAUGGAGGCAGCAGACAAAACGUUGGACGAGCCAAGAAACCUGGAAGUCGACUGUCCACCGGUAAGUGGCCAUCUUGCGUUUAGAUUACAGGGCUUUUACAUUUAAUGUCGUCACUUUAAGUCAUCGUAGAAUCAAAAGAUGGCCUAGGCGUAUUGAAUAUACUUAAAGCGCGCAUGUGGACUUGAGAUCAUCCAUAUCUCAUAUUGAGAAAACGAACUCUCAAAACAAAAAUGAUGUGAAUUUUAACCAGCUGUUGAAAGAUCUGAAAAAAAAAGCAAAUGGUUAUAGUGUUAUUUUACUGAUUUUAACUAAAUGUAGUAUUUGUAUAUUUAUUUCAGUUUAGAAUAUAUAGAGUCUUUGACAACAAAUAUUUUUCCUUAAUAAUUGCAUAUCCGCUUAACAUUAAAUGAAUUUAGCUUCAGUGUAAUCAUUGGCGUCACUAGUGGGGUGCGCGGGAGCAGAACGCACUAGGUGACACAAUUAUAGUGAAUCCUCCUACUUUAAUUAUUGUAAUGUCAUCACUGACUCAAGAAAGCCUGAUUAUAUGUUUAGGUCUGUUUUGUUUGGCGUCAAAAUAUAAAUUCCUUUUAUUCGGGGCAGAUUGUUUCCUUUAUAGUUUGAUGUCUUGCCACAACAUAUUUAAUUGAAAACAAAAUAUCACAUAUUUUGAUGUCUUGUCACAACAUAUUUAAUUGAAAACAAAACAUCACAUAUUUUGAUGCCUUGUCACAACAUUCAAUUGAAAACAAAACGUCACAUAUUUUGAUGUCUUGUCACAACAUAUUUAAUUGAAAACAAAACAUCACAUAUUUUGAUGCCUUGCCACAACAUAUUUAAUUGAAAACAAAACAUCACAUAUUUUGAUGCCUUGUCACAACAUUCAAUUGAAAACAAAACGUCACAUACUUUGAUGCCUUGUCACAACAUAUUUAAUUGAAAACAAAACAUCACAUAUUUUGAUGUCUUGUCACAACAUAUUUAAUUGAAAACAAAACAUCACAUAUUUUGAUGCCUUGCCACAACAUUCAAUUGAAAACAAAACGUCACAUAUUUUGAUGUCUUGUCACAACAUAUUUAAUUGAAAACAAAACAUCACAUAUUUUGAUGCCUUGCCACAACAUAUUUAAUUGAAAACAAAACAUCACAUAUUUUGAUGCCUUGCCACAACAUAUUUAAUUGAAAACAAAACAUCACAUAUUUUGAUGCCUUGCCACAACAUAUUUAAUUGAAAACAAAACAUCACAUAUUUUGAUGCCUUGCCACAACAUAUUUAAUUGAAAACAAAACAUCACAUAUUUUGAUGCCUUGCCACAACAUAUUUAAUUGAAAACAAAACAUCACAUAUUUUGAUGCCUUGCCACAACAUAUUUAAUUGAAAACAAAACAUCACAUAUUUUGAUGCCUUGCCACAACAUAUUUAAUUGAAAACAAAACAUCACAUAUUUUGAUGCCUUGCCACAACAUAUUUAAUUGAAAACAAAACAUCACAUAUUUUGAUGCCUUGCCACAACAUAUUUAAUUGAAAACAAAACAUCACAUAUUUUGAUGCCUUGCCACAACAUAUUUAAUUGAAAACAAAACAUCACAUAUUUUGAUGCCUUGCCACAACAUAUUUAAUUGAAAACAAAACAUCACAUAUUUUGAUGCCUUGCCACAACAUAUUUAAUUGAAAACAAAACAUCACAUAUUUUGAUGCCUUGCCACAACAUAUUUAAUUGAAAACAAAACAUCACAUAUUUUGAUGCCUUGCCACAACAUAUUUAAUUGAAAACAAAACAUCACAUAUUUUGAUGCCUUGCCACAACAUAUUUAAUUGAAAAAAAAACGUCACAUAUUUUGAUGUCUUGCCACAACAUAUUUAAUUGAAAACAAAACAUCACAUAUUUUGAUGUCUUGCCACAACAUAUUUAAUUGAAAACAAAAAAAUCACAUAUUUUGAUGCCUUGCCACAACAUAUUUAAUUGAAAACAAAACAUCACAUAUUUUGAUGUCUUGCCACAACAUAUUUAAUUGAAAACAAAACAUCACAUAUUUUGAUUGAUGGAACAUUUUGACUAUAAAUGGAAAAAUGCUUUGCUGAUUAAAAAAACAACAAAAGAAAACAACAGAAGGGUGUGCGGAGCAACUUUCUGGGGUUCUAGGAACAGACCUGGGAUGCAAUUUCCAGGAAUAUCAUGACCGAGCUCUUUGAUUAAGUCAAAGACAUAGUAAUAUUGUUUAUGGGUAGGGGAUGAGUGGGUGUUGUCCGUUUAGACGUGGCGUUCGAUCAAAAGUAAUUAUUUCAUCGUUCAUAAAUAUUGCUAAAAUAUCAGAGUGACGCUCUGACAUUUGUAAAAAAAUUAUGAAAGUAAACAAUUUGUUCAUUUGCCAUAUAAAUGUUUUUUUUUUUUUAUUUUAACUUUUUCAAGGGAGGCUACUACCAAAAUUGCAGGUAUUAAAGCAUUAAAUUAAGUUGUUUCCCUUGUAUCUCUAAUCUUUAAAAGUAAAGGGGGCGGGACCAAAAAAUCAUGUCACAAAAUAAAAUAAAUUACAAUCAAGAUUCUUGCUUCGUUUCAUAUUUGCGUUGAUUUGUUUUUUCAAUAUAUCAAAAUUCAUUAGUUAUAUUUGCAUUGUAAGCUUAAAUCUCUCCAUUUCUUGAUUUCCUACUAUAUUGGUGAUAUAUAUAUAUAUAUAUAUAUAUGAUGUGGUUUCUGCUUACUUAAAGGAUCAGUAUGAGUAUCUGAACCAUAUCUACACUGCAAUGCACCCUGACGGCUUCCCUCUUGUACAAGACUGGAGAGAUGUGCUGGAUGAAUUUCAACAAAAGGAUGGUGUUAUUAGGUUAGUGCGGUGGCGUUAGUAGGUCAGUGCGGUGGCGUUAGUAGGUCAGUAGGUCAGUGUGAUGGCGUUUGUGGGUCAGUACGAUGGCGUAAGUGGGUCAGUGCGAUGGCGUUUGUGGAUCAGUGCGAUGGCGUUUUUGGGUCAGUGCGAUGGCGUUAGUGGGUUCAGCGCUCAAUUCCAAUUUAAUGUCUGCACAGCAAGAAAUGUAUAACCGAAAAAGAUACCAGCAGUACGAUGGUCAUUUCCUAACGUGUACCAGUUCAGUAAACUGCACUGAAAUUUUUGAAAUAAAACCAGAUUUUAUUUGUCACGCUUUAACAUCAUAAUAGCAUUUAUAUUUCUUAGUCUGUUUGGCUUUAUUAUGAUAACGCUUAUUCUUGUGAAAAGGGAUUUAGAAACUUUAAAAAGAAAUGACUGUCAUUUUUACAAUGUAGCUAAUUCUUAGAAUAUUAAAAAAACAAAAAAAAACAAUCAUUUUAGCUGAUAUAAAUAUCACACCGUUGAGUAAAUCAUACAUUUAUUUUUAAUCGAGUAAUUCAUUCAAUCAGUAAGAUUAUUAUUUUCAAUCCUUCAACAUUUGAUAUUCCAUUACUUUGAAAUGUUAAUGUAUAAGGAACUCUAAAAAAUUUACCAUUUUACCAGAAACCUUUCUGUCCAGUUGAUUGUCUUUCAAAAACAAAACACAUAGAUAGAAAGGACCUGCCCCCCUCCCCCAGGUCCAACUUUACUAUCAUCUUUACACAUCUUUUACCUUGUUGCACUGGGACAUGCAGACUGGCAAAACACCACCCAACCCCCAACUUCACUAUUCACACAUAUACAUCAUUCCCCCUCCCACCCCACUAUUCACACAUUUACACCAUUCUCCCCCCCCCCUCUCUCACUAUAAAGACGCAAAUGACCUGGAAUAUGUCCACCGUAAAAAAUCCUAUAUUAAAUCUCAUUGCAACUGUCGCCCGACAUCAGCUUACCACAGAGCUUAAAGCUUAAGCUCAUGUUGUUCUGCAUUGUAUUUUUUUUAAAGGGAACGCUCCAGGCUUGUAAAUAACUCGUUGUUAGCCGUUUGGCUGCAAGUUGUAGCUUUGAGGUGUCAGGACUAGGUAAUGCACAUGGCAUACUUUGAGGUGUCAGGACUAGGUAAUGCACAUGGCAUACUUUGAGGUGUCAGGACUAGGUAAUGCACAUGGCAUACUUUGAGGUGUCAGGACUAGGUAAUGCACAUGGCAUACUUUGAGGUGUCAGGACUAGGUAAUGCACAUGGCAUACUUUGAGGUGUCAGGACUAGGUAAUGCACAUGGCAUACUUUGAGGUGUCAGGACUAGGUAAUGCACAUGGCAUACUUUUAGGUGUCAGGACUACGUAAUGCACAUGGCAUAUGUCAAAUGUCAUUUCUGGUUUACGCAUUUGUGUUUAGUUGUAUGUGAGGGGAAAAGUGUGGGGGGGGGGUGGUUAACAUAUAUAUAUAUAUAUUUGUGUAGCUCAUUUCAUGAACCCACGUGUGGGUGUGGGUCAUUUACCCACAAGUGAUUGUCUUAAUCAUGAACUGUGGUUGGCUUAAUAGAUCCCUUACUUUUUUUUUUAAAUCUCAUUUGUUUUGUGGGGAUAUUUGAUGUUGGGUGUUGUGCAGAUGGUGGAUAUGGUGGAUGUGUGGAUGCUGUGGAUACCGUGGAUGUUGCGGACAGUGUGGAUGUUGUGGAUAUGGUGGAUGUGUGGAUAUGGUGGAUGUUGUGGAUAUGGUGGAUGUGUUGAUGUGUGGAUAUGGUGGAUUUUGUGGAUAUGGAUAUGGUGAAGCUUGUGGAUUUGUAUAAUUUACGGAUAUAUGGGGGAUGUAGGGGGAUAUUGUUGAUGUGGUGAACAGUCUUGGUGUGGUGGAUAUGGUGGAUGUCGUGGAUAUGGUGGAUGUGGUGGGUAUGGUGGAUGUGGUGGGUAUGCUGGAUGUGGUGGGUAUGCUGGAUGUGGUGGGUAUGCUGGAUGUGGUGGGUAUGCUGGAUGUGGUGGGUAUGCUGGAUGUGGUGGGUAUGCUGGAUGUGGUGGGUAUGCUGGAUAUGGUGUAUUUUGAAUUGGUGAUGGAUGUAUUGGAUGUGUCGGAUAGGGAUACUAUGGUGGAUAUGGUGAUGUGAUGGAUAUGUUGGAUAUGCUAGACUUCGGGGAAACGGGAUGUGGUGGAUAUGACAGAUGUGAUGGAUGAGGUGGAUUUAUAUUGGUGGUGGAUAUGGUGAAGGCUGUGUAUUUGCAAAUGUUGUGGAUGUGGUUUAGGUAGCGGCUGGUUCCUGCAUAUUAGAAAGAACAGAUUUGCGACCCAGUUCAUAGGUUGUUAUUUUUCAAAAAUCCAUUUUUACCUUAUGAAUAUGGCAGGUGACGUUUUUUUCUUUAUGAAUAUGGCAUUUUACUUUUUUUUUUCUUUCUGAAUAUGACAUAUUACUUUUUUAUGAAUAUGGUAGAUAACAUAUUUUUCUUUCUGGAUAUGGCAGAUCACAUUUUGUGUUAAUGAAUAUGGCAGAUUACAUUUUUUGUUAAUGAAUAUGGCAGAUUACAUUUUUUGUUAAUGAAUAUGGCAGAUUACAUUUUUUGUUAAUAAAUAUGGCAGAUUACAUUUAUUGUUAAUUUAUAUGGCAGAUUACAUUUUUUGUUAAUGAAUAUGGCAGAUUACAUUUUUUGUUAAUGAAUAUGGCAGAUUACAUUUUUAUUUAUCAAUACGUAGGAUUAUAUUUUUUCUUCAUGAAUAUAGGCAGAUAAAAUUUCUUAUUGAUGAAAAUGACAGAUAACUUUUUUUUAAAUGAAUAUGGUGGAUUACAUAUGUUUUCUUUAUGAACAUGGUAGAUUACAUAUGUUUUCUUUAUGAACAUGGUAGAUUACAUAUGUUUUCUUUAUGAACAUGGUAGAUUACAUAUGUUUUCUUUAUGAACAUGGUAGAUUACAUAUGUUUUCUUUAUGAACAUGGUAGAUUACAUAUGUUUUCUUUAUGAACAUGGUAGAUUACAUAUGUUUUCUUUAUGAACAUGGUAGAUUACAUAUGUUUACUUUAUGAACAUGGUAGAUUACAUAUGUUUUCUUUAUGAACAUGGUAGAUUACAUAUGUUUUCUUUAUGAACAUGGUAGAUUACAUAUGUUUUCUUUAUGAAUAUGGCAUUUUACUUUUUUUUUUUUUCCUGAAAAUGACAUAUUACUUUUUGUUAAUGAAUAUGGUAGAUAACAUAUUAUUCUUUCUGAAUAUGGCAGAUUACAUUUUUUCUCACACAUUUGACAACACCAGCUUCUAAUUUUAGCGUUGGUGUUUCAGGGUUGAAUCGCAUUAGGACAAAAAUAGUUUUUGUAUUCCAAUUAGCAGAAAUGUGUCAGGUCAAAUGUGACAUGUCUGGGUGGGAGGGUGGAGGUAGGGGGCUUAUAUGUAUAAUUUAUUUUUGGACCCACGGUUUUUGUUUCCUGACCAGGUUUAUGGUGAUUGAAGUCUACGAGGCCGGGCGUAACGUGUUCCGACAAUACGGCGGGAUACCUUUCAACAUGAACCUGGUGGACGACCUUGAGAAGAUGGGACUGUCAGGCGAGUCACUCGGGCAGUUGAUCAGGGAAGAGUAUGAUAACCUGCCACCAGGGGCGUGGCCUACUUUUGUUGUAAGUUUUAAAAAAACAAAGAAAACAGCAACCACCAAAAACAUCAACAAUCCAUUUGUCACAUCAAAAACGUGUUGAAAUGUGAUAACUGGCGCAUCAACAACAUAGGUUUGUCUUGCCCAGAUUGAUUUGUCUUACCCAGCAUAGGUUUGUCUUACCAAACGUAGGUUUGUCUAACCCAACAUAGGUUUGUCUUAUCCGACAUAGGCUUUUCAUACACAACAUAGGUUUGUCUUAUCCAACAUAGGCUUUUCAUACACAACAUAGGUUUGUCUCACCCAACAUAGGUUUGCCUUACCCAACAUAGAUUUGCCUUACCCAACAUAGGUUUGCCUUACCCAACAUAGGUUUGCCUUACCCAACAUAGAUUUGCCUUACCCAACAUAGUUUUGCCUUACCCAAGAUAGAUUUGCCUUACCCAACAUAGUUUUGCCUUACCCAACAUAGUUUUGCCUUACCCAACAUAGUUUUGCCUUACCCAACAUACGUUUGCCUUGGCCGACAUACGUUUGCCUUACCCGACAUAGGUUUGCCUUGGCUGACAUACGUUUGCCUUACCCGACAUAGGUUUGCCUUGGCCGACAUAGGUUUGCCUUACCCAACAUACAUUUGCCUUGCCUGACAUUCUUUGUCGUCUUCAGAUCGGAAACCAUGACCGCCACCGUGCCACUGCCAAGUUUGGUCGUCAGUACGCCGACCUGCUGAACGUGCUGCUGCUGACACUGAAAGGCACGCCCACCACAUACUACGGGGAAGAGAUCGGCAUGGAAGAGAUUAGCGUGUCGUAUGAAGACACACAGGACCCCUUCGGGAAGAACAUGGGACCGGUGAGUGGCUGGCGCCAUGCUCACACAAAGCUCUUACGGUACACACAACCGAUCCAGUGACACAAUAUAAAGUCCAUUUUUUAAACCAAAAUUCAUGUUUAAAUCCAUAAUACUAAAUUCGUUUUUCUUCGUACUUUUCUUUCUGGCUGGGUGGAAAUAUUUUCGAACGGCUAAAUGGCCCACUUCCCGUCAACCUAUCGAGCUGAAACUUGGCACAUGGAUUCGUUGCCGUUGACAACACGUUUUUUUUGAAGUUUUCAAACCCACCCUAAAAAGCAAAAAAAAAAAAAAAUAUGUUUCAAGGGAAAGAUGACCGAAGUAUUGGGGGGAAAUAUUUUCGGACGGCUAAAUGGCCCACUUCCCGUCAACCUAUCGAGCUGAAACUUUGCACAUGGAUUCGUUGCCGUUGAAAACACGUUUUUUUUGAAGUUUUCAAACCCACCCUAAAAAGCAAAAAAAAAAAAAAAAUAUGUUUCAAGGGAAAGAUGACCGAAGUAUGAUACCACUGAUUUGACGAAAUAAAAUUCCUGAUAACUGCGCUAAAUGAGAUUCUUAUAAAAAUAAAUAUCCCAAGUGCGUUUGGUGCUUAAUAUUUUCUUUUUAUUUUUCUGAAAUAGAAUGUGUAAUAAAUCUGCGGUGAAAAAGGCACGAAUGGAUCAUAAGAACACUAAUAUAAAAUAUAAUAAUUUUUUAAAAAAAACACACAUAAAGGCUUUAAACGAAAACUUUUUUUUUUUUUAAGGCAUUGUUGAAUUACCUUAAUUAAAACACCAUUGUUAUGGGCAUGUUAUCAACAUUCUAUCAGCAGCCCAUUCUGCAACAACAUUGUAGAUUGUUCAUUUUAAAAUACUUGCAAGAAACAUAAGUUAUAGCUCCCCCCUUCCAGCACUGAUUUCUAUGAUUUUUUGUGUAUCUCCAACAGAGCAGAUACAUGGUCUACUCACGCGACCCAUGCAGGGGGCCCAUGCAGUGGGACGACGCUGCUCAUGCUGGGUUCACCACAGGCGACCGCCCCUGGCUACCUGUCCACUCAAACUACCAGACAGUCAAUGUUAAGGUGACAUGAGCCGUGCAGUAACUUAAGAGCAGGGUGAUAUGUUUAGACAGCUGUAGUUGAUGUGGUUGCCUGUAGUUGAUGUGGUUGCUGUAGUUGAUGUGGUUGCUGUAGUUGAUGUGGUUGCUGUAGUUGAUUUUGUUGCUGUAGCUUUAUUUGGUUGAUGUAGUUGAUGUGGUUGCUGUAAUUUAACUGGUUGCUGUAAUUUAACUGGUUUCUGUAGUUUAACUGGUUGCUGUAAUUUCAGUGGUUGAUGUAAUUUCAGUGGUUGAUGUAAUUUAAGUGGUUGAUGUAAUUUCAGUGGUUGAUGUUGUUAAUGUGGUAGUUUCGGGUGCUGUUUAUUUUUUUAUUAUUUUUUUUUUUUUUUAUUUUUUUUUUUUGGGCUUUUUUUUUAUGAAAAACUUGGUUGGGCCAUUAACAGCACGCCACACUUUUCUUUCACAUUAUGAAUUAAAGCUACAAAAUAAUUUGCCAAAUUUCAUAAUAAGUGAAAUAAAAUCUCACCAAGCAGAUAAAACUCAAAAGUCUCAUGCGCUUUAAGGACAUUUUAUUAGAAUGUUUUUUUUAGUUUUUUUUAACAUUAAAAUUUUGGCUAGAUGUAUUUAUGACUAAACUUGUUCUUUUCUUUGCCCCUUUGUGAAUGUAACGUUAUACUGUAACUGCUAUAAUACGUUUAUAUUCUGACAAGAAGGAUGGGUAUCCUUCAGGACUGCAUUCACACCAGGGAGGCGACAGCAUAGCCUAGUUCUUUGAUAAACCCAACCUUUCGGUGUAUAUGCAUUAAUUAUCUUUCUACAUACAUCUGAGCUUAAAUCUUGGACGUACAUGUUUUGGGGGGGAGGGGGGGGGAGGUGGGCGGGAGGAGGUGUGUGUCCUAUAUAUCAGGGUUUUUUUUGUAUUAAGGAGAUGGUGCUAAUGGGAAAUGACAGCUGUCACCACACCAUUUCGUUAGAGAUUACAUUUGAUUCUUACGCUCUGCCGCCACACAGAUCCAGUCAGAUGACGGGGGGCCCCUGAGCAGUCUGAAGAUCUACAAGCUGUUGGCCAAGUUGAGGCAAGAGCCGGCAUUCCUGUGUGGUGAUGUGGAGUACGCUGUCUGUGACAGAGGUAGAAAUUUAAAAUAAUAAUUUAAAAAAAAAAUAAUAAUAAAAAAAAAAAACAGCUACACUUGCUACUGACGUUGUUACAGAUUCUUGUAAUGGGCUCUAAAUAUUAUGCAACAUAUGUGAUUUUGUUUGACAACUGCGGGUGAAAUUAAAGAUUUUUUUUUUUCAGGAAAUUAAACAUAAAAAGUUAAAAUUUGAAAAGUGUUCUUAAGAUUUUUUGCACCCGUAAAUGGUAGUAACAUUGGUCCAGGUGCAUCUACACAGGUGGGGGGGUCGGGGAAAAGGGGGGGGGGGAAGACGAAGCAAUUCUUCCAAUCUGAAAUCUGAUUUUUUUUUCAAUCUGGGAAAAAAAUAAUACGGGGGAAAAAAACAAUAAAAAUACUUUUUUGUUUUGUUUUUAAAUUAUAUUUAAGGACAAGGGGUGGUAAUUUUGUUAACAGGAAAAAAAUAUGUUUUGUCAGGCUUAGGCUUGAAGUUGAACGCCAAACUCCUAGCAUAGAGCAAAAAGUGUUUACCAUCAUUCAUGCAAUGAAUUUUAAGAAUUACGAUUAUAGACGUUCUAAAAGUAUUGAUUAAAUAUAAUCGCAGGAUUUUACCAUUCGAUUUGUUGAAAAAUUUGAAGAAUUUAAAUGAAGCUUUUUAGGGAAAUAGAAAUAGUUUUUAAGCCGUGUGUGUAGUCAACAAUGUCCUAAAAGAUUUUCAGCUUUAAAUGUUUGUAUUAAUCCAAUGUCAGCUGCCAAAUACAACAUCAAUACCAAGACUGACACAUAGUAUUUCUCAGAUCCAAGGUCUAUGAGGGGAAAGGGAGGUUGGCUUCCACCAUUCGGGAGAUGUGGACAGACGCAAAGGUCUAUAGGGAGAAGGGAGGUUGGCUUCCACCACUCGGGAGUUGUGGACAGACGCCAAGGUCUAUAGGGAAAAGGGAGGUUGGCUUCCACUACUCGUGACUUGUGGAAUGACGCCAAGGUCUAUAGGGAGAAGGGAGGUUGGCUUCCACCACUCGGGAAAUGUGGACAGACACCAAGGUCUAUAGGGGGAAGGGAGGUUGGCUUCCACCACUCUGGAAAUGUGGACAGACACCAAGGUCUAUAGGGGGAAGGGAGGUUGGCUUCCACCACUCGGGAGAUGUGGACAGACGCUCCUGCAAUGGUCUAGUCUUUUCUUUUUGAUUGGGUGGUACAUCUUUCCGAAGUCACCCCACAGAUUUAAGCGGUCGUUCGAAAAUUACGUCACGCUAAAGGGGGGGGGGGGAAGGGGGGGGUCGAGAAUUUGUGACAGGAGGGUGGGGGAAACAUUUGUUGCGUCACACUUUUUUAAAUCUAAAAGUUUCUUAUUUUGAAAAAAAUCUUUGAGUUAAUUUAAAAACAUUAAUUUGAGGUCGAAAUUGCCUCAGGUAUUAUAAGUACCGUGAGACUCAGUCGCACACACCUUCUGCACAUCUCGAAAAAUGACGCAAAAACUGUUGUGGCCUUUUUAAAUGUGCGUUUCACGUCAAAGUUUUUUUUAAUAAUACAACAUCUUAAUCCAUUAUGGGGAAAUCUUAAAGAAUAAAAUAAAAUCUUAGUUAAGUCAUGAAAAUUAAUAUAUGUUUUGAAUUUUUUUAGGUGUGACGUGACACUGAGAGAGGGUAGGAGGGGUAAAGAAUUUGUGACACUUUGUGGCAGGGGAGAGGGGUCUGAAGAUGUCAUUUUUGUCGUGACGUAAUUUGCGAACGUCCGUCCCCCUUACGGAUUAUUCUCUGAAAUAUAACUUCCACUUUAUGGUUGAUUCUGUUCCCAGACGUUUUCGCUUAUCUACGCCAGCACCCUGACUACAAGGACAGAUACCUGGUGCUGCUUAACCCUGGCAAGGCAGCGGUUCUCAAUCUGGACAUAACAGCGUCCCCCGUGGAGGCCCAGGAAGGCCGGGUUGUGGUCUGCACGCCUCACGUUGACCCGUCAAUGACCAUUGGUCAGCAGGUCAAGUUAAACCGUCUGAAUUUGAAGCCAGGAGAUGGGCUUGUUGUUAGAUUAGAUUAGAAUAGUGACGUGAAACUUAGGACGAAAUGAAAAAGGUGUCAACUCAUUAACUGAUGUUGUGUGUUUGUUGGGCGGUUGUCGUCAAUCCCAUUGGUUUAGGGGUUGUUGGUUUGUUUUUUUUUUCUCUUUUGGCUAUAAGCAACACUCGGUGACUGCCUGCAUCCAGUUACACAAAAAAAUUAAAAAUAAGUCAGUGAUGUUUAGGUCUUUAUACAAUUAUUUUUUUUUUUAAAUUUAGAUGCUGGAGAAUUUUUCUGUUUUCAAAAUAAAUAUUAGAUUUGUUAACUUCUUGUAACUGAAGCCAGGUAGCGAAAUGUAUUUCAGAAAAACGGCAUCAAAAGUGUGACUUAUCAUUUGGGAGAAAUACAAAAUUUACCACCAAAUUUGUGUCUGCUCAUCCUGACGAAAUGUCCAAUGGACCAUCCCAUGUGUGUCUGUUCAUUCUGGUGAAAUAUAAAAUUGACCAUCGAAUGUGGGUGUGUUCAUCGUGUUGAAAUAUCAAAUUGACCAUAAAGUUUGAGUCUGUUCAUUCUGGUGAAAUAUCAAGUUGACCAUCAAAAUUGUGUGUGUUCAUUCUGUUGAAAUAUCAAAUUUACCAUAAAAUUUGAAUAUGUUCAUUCUGGUGAAAUAUCAAAUUUACCUAAAAAUGUGCCUGUUCAUUCUGGUGAAAUAUCAAGUUGAACAUCAAAUGUGUGUCUGAUGAUUCUGAUGAAGUAUCAAAAUGACGUUUUAAUUGUCAUUCAGUGUUUUGUUGGUUUCUUUUUCUUAGUAAUGGUUGAAAAUAACUUUAUACUGGAGAGGCCGUGUACAAGAUGUUCUGUCUUGUCAUUGUAAGGCUGUGCAGCGGCAUGAAGGGAUAAAUUAUGUAGGCAGUAGAGUAAAUGGGGCAUCAAUCACACCAUGGACCCGUAACUCUGGUAAAUAAUAAAUAUUAUUGUUAAACUUUUCAAUGUUUCACCACCAUGUUUAAUUUUGAAAGUUUCUUUCUUUAUUCUAACAUUUCAUUUUCUUAAAAUGCACCAAAUAUUUGUAUAACCCUUUUCACUCCUCUGUUCUAUGUUUACUCAGAAUUUCAAUUUUGUAUGUAUACGAGGAUUUAGCUAUAUACACGUUGGAUAAAGCUAUUUAUAUGUUGGAUGUAUGUUUUGUUGUGUAGACUGGUAAAUGAAGUUAUAAUGUUAAUUUUGUUGACAAAUAUUUUGUUUAUACUUAAAAUAAAAUUGUUAUUGUAAAACA